AUGGUCCUUAGCAGCAAUGAGAAGCGUGCGUUCUUCAGACAACAGUGCCGUGAGGCAUUGGCAGCCCAUAUACUUGACCGACUUGACCUUGUCGUCGCUCCCAGCCAAGUCCGUCUACAGCCAUCGGGCGGGGAUGGAUACGCUUGGUCGAUAACGGAAUCCAAAAAGAGCCUAUUGCAGUCGAACUUGGGCAGUGGAAGUGUGGGCCUGUACCGGUCCAUUUGCGAAGAAAUAGGCCGGUCGCUUGAGGCGGUUACUCCGCAGACGCUACAGGCUGCCCAAUCAGAACGGGACCACCUGCCUAGAGAAGAGGGCCUAUACAGCGCUGAAGAUAGACGCAAGGCGCGACCGGCAUGCAGCGAAAAGGAAAGCGGAUCAUUCACGGCAAAAAUCCGCGAAUUGGAAUGCGCCAACCACGACAUGAGCGGCGAGCUUGACCGCACACGCGUCCAUCUGGAGGAGUCCCUCGGCGAAAACCGCGAAAUGCAAGCCAAAGUCCGUCGGCUUCAGGAUGAGCUGGAGUGCAAUUCAUCCCGAGCAAGUCACUUGGAAAACGAGCUGGUUCGUGUCACAGGGGGGAUUGCCAAAGCUAUGCAGGUGUUACAGGUUCAUCAGGCGCAGGAGAGGAGCAUGUCAGAUUCGUAUGGAGACAGACAAGAGAAAUCCGGUGAUGGCAUAGACAGCACAGUGCUAGAAACGCCGGCUCCGAUACGCGAUGGCUCGUCUUGA